AUGGAAACUCGAGCAAAUAAUCUUAAUUUGACUGAAAAAGAAGAAGAGGUGCUUAUUCAGUAUAUUAUCGAUAUGGAUGAGAGAGAGUUUGCACCUAAAUUAAGUAAUAUAGAAGAUAUGGCGAAUUAUAUUCUUGAAUCAAGAAAUGCGAAGAAGAUUGGAAAGCUCUAG